AUGGAAACGUUUCAAACGGAGUUUAAAACCUGUGGUAACUGUGCCGAACCGAUCACUGAUCGAUACGUCUUCGAGGUGAACGGCAGUGCCUGGCACGGGUCCUGUUUACGUUGCAGUGUCUGUUUUUGUCCACUGGAGCGUCAGGUUUCGUGCUAUCUUCGCGACGGUGACAUGUACUGCAAAGCGGAUUAUAUCAAGAAGUUUAAGACGAGCUGUGCCAAGUGUUCGCGCUCCAUAUCGGCCACCGAUUGGGUACGACGGGCCCGGGAGUACGUCUUUCAUUUAGCGUGCUUUGCUUGUGAUUCAUGUGGCCGGCAAUUGUCCACUGGGGAACAGUUUGCAAUCUGUGAGGAACGGGUGCUGUGCAAAACGCACUACAUGGAGCUGAUCGACGAUGGUACGGCUUCGAGUGAGGACGGUUGUGAUGCGGACGGGAAUGGGAAGAACAAGACCAAGCGUAUUCGAACCACAUUUACGGAGGAGCAGAUCCAGAUUCUGCAGGCCAACUUCCAGGUGGACAGCAAUCCGGAUGGUCAGGAUCUGGAGCGUAUUGCCCUAGCGACUGGACUGAGUAAGCGCGUUACUCAGGUUUGGUUCCAGAAUUCGCGCGCUCGGCAGAAGAAGCAUGUACACGUACCACGAGCACAGGAUCUGUUCAGUGGGAUGCGGUCGGAUCUCAACAACAACAACAGCUGCAGCAGCAGUAACAGCAAUGAUGGUCUACCCGGACACCAUCUCGGUGGAAUUGGACCGGAGGAUUGUGUCCUGGGCAAGACACCAAUCUUUAACUCGCACGGCUUCAUCAAUCUCGUGGUGUGACGCGAUCAGCAGCGGGCAUACCAUCGAUGGAUGGAUGUUUGCGAUCAACAGUGCCAUUGACCAACGAUUGCGGAACGAAUCCGGACAUGCCAACAGGUGACCGGAGCCGUGUUCCGUUGGCUUUUUAGUCCCA